AAACAAAAAGAGAGCUUGAGAGAUUGACAGGGAGAUAAAGAGCUAAACAGGGGAUUUCAUCGGACAGCAGCAGCUGAGCUGAGAGGAUGAGUUCAUUGGGAGAGAGAAGCGGCAAGGCUUGUAGAGAAUGCAGCCGCAGAUGCUCCUUCUUGCACGGGAAAGGGAAAAAAACAGACCCUUGCUUGCCAUCUUUCUUCAAGAUCAUGUUUGGAGAACGAUUCUCUGAAUUGUUGUUCUUUCCUCCCAAAUUUGUGCCGAUGGUAGUAGGGUUUGUGAGCCAAGGAACAUAUCUCAAGGACGCAAAUGGAGGGCGGUGGAGAGUGGAGCUGGCAAAAGUAGAUGGUUCGCUGGCGUUGGGAAAAGGGUGGGGAGAUUUCGUCAAACACCAUGAUUUGGUACUCGGAGACUUCGUUGUGUUCGACCUCGUCGAGUCACACUUUGAAGUCAGGAUGUACGGUAGAACAGCUUGCGAGAAGUUGAAUGCCGCUCAAAUAUCGGACAAGAAACAAGUUGCUCAUAACAACUAUGGUGGUGGGUUUGGACCACAUGGCUUCAACCAUGGUGGUGACAAGGGUUCAGACACUGGAAAAUUCCGAGGCCAGCAGUCCAAGGUCGUCAAUGAAAAGGGUUAUCAAGAGUCCAAAGGUAAGAAGAGCUCCAGAAUCCCAGCUGCGCAAGGUAUUAGUGGCACUGAAACUGGUAACAAACGGCCGAGGAAUGGAGGGAGUGCGAGAACCCCGACGGUGAUAGACUUGGAAACGGAGGAUGAAAAUGAUGAGCCAGAGGCGGCAUCUAAUGAAAGAGCAGGUUACCGUGAGAAAGCCAAAAUGGAUCGUGGAGAAGAGUCGGGGGAUGUUCCAAUUAGCAGGAGCGAGAAGAACAAAAGAGCUAGUCAUGUUGAACUGCAGCAACCCAAGUUGAAAUGGCCAAAGAAAGAGAAGUCGAAUGAUAUUACAAGGAACAGGAAUAAUGGGCUCUCUGCUAGCUACAGUAACCCCCACCAAUUUGUCAAUGGUGAAUGCUCAAGGGAUGCGGAAAUGGGUAAAGUGCAGACAAGGAGUGCUAAAGGGUUGCACAAAGUUGAAGCCACAACUGAAAAGCUCCUUGAUUCAGCUGCUGGUAAGUUUCAGAGAUCGCAGGUGUUUGAGAGGAAGCUGCAGAGGAAGGAUGGAGGUGAUCAGUUGGAACUGACAGUGAAGCAUAAAACGGGUGGCUGUGGGAAAAACAAGGUUGCAGCAACAGGGAAGCUGGAUAGUGGUGAUAUAGUUGAAAGGAGUAAGAAGUUGGUUGCUGGUUUUGCUAAGGAGAACUUGUCCAAGGGGUUCUCCAUUCCAUCAAAGGUGCUAGAGUUGGGGCUCAAGGCUGCGAGAACUGGGAAGCGACUGUCAGGACAUGAGGUUGAUUCUAUGCAAAUGAAGGUUGAUUCGACUUGCAGUCGGAUGAGGAAAACUGAAAUGGUACCCAUGGCGGUACUAAAACCUGAACCAAUAUGUUUCGGCAGCAAUCCUCCCACACCGAUUUCAGCCCAGAUCUCAUAUAUUAUUCCGAACGAGACCCGGACUCACUUGGUAAGUAAACCUUGCCUAGACAUAUGACUGUUGUCAACACUUUCUGUUAAACUUUACUCUUCCAUAUAUCUAUGCACACAGGAUUUGUCAGCACCACUGCCACUGCUAGGUGAAAGGUUAAGCUCGCAAAGGACGGUGGUGAUGCUGAAGGAUCCAAAAACUAGACUCUGGCCUGUACUCUACCUUCGAACAUCGACCACAAAAGUUGCACUCGAGUACGGAUGGGAAGCUUUCGCCGUCGACCAUGAUAUUCGGGUUGGGGAUGAAUGCAUUUUCAGUGUUGAUAACUGCAGCGAGGGAGUCUAUGCCGUUCACAUCAUUCGCCACCAUGUGGGUGAAUUGGCAGGGUAGUUGUUGGCAAGAAUAUCACUUUCCAUGGUGUGAACUUAUCUUAGGACAUGUAUAUUAGGACCGUAGUGUGAUGCCCUAGCUCUGUUACUAAUUAUGGCAACUGGCUGUUUUACGUAGUACAUUGUCUUGUCCAAGAUUGCUGCUCAACUGGGCACAGCAAACGUGUAUGCAUUGAUGAACUAACUGUAUCUUAGGACAAUGGAGUGGUGAGAGUUUCAGUUGCUUUCACUUUGUUCCUUGAACAAAUGAAAUAUAUAUUUUGUAAUAUAGAAUGGUAAGAUCUAAGUGUCGUAAGAUGAACUCUCGUGCUGUCUUGACCGAAAGUGCUACACGAGCUUGUAUAAAACACGGGUGGGAUGCGAUU